AAUUGGAAUUCAUCUAUCGUCCCCAAUUACACCAGGUCUUCCCUUUAAUAAUACCCCCUGCAAAGCUGUCGCGAUCUGGUCGUUUCGCUCGCGUCCUCCUCGUCGGCGGCCAUGAUCCAGGCGGUGAUGGUCAUCAGCACUCUGGGCAAGCCCCGCCUCCUCAAGUUCUACGAUUUCCAGGACCCGGAGAAGCACCAGGAGCUGGUCCGCGGCGUCUUCCAGUUGUUAUCUGCGAGGCCGGAGGGUGUGAGCAAUUUCGUCGAGGCCGAUGCAAUCUUUGGACCGGGAACGAGACUGGUCUACAAGCAUUUGGCGACACUAUACUUCAUCUUUGUCUUUGAUAGCUCUGAGAAUGAGCUUGCCAUGCUCGACCUCGUACAAGUUUUUGUUGAAACAUUGAAUAGGUGCUUCAAGAAUGUAUGUGAGCUUGACAUUGUAUUUAACUUCAACAAGCUUCACACAGUUUUGGAUGAAAUGAUACUGGGAGGACAAGUGAUUGAAACAAGUUCAGAGCAAAUAAUGAAAUCUGUAGAAGAGAUUGCGAGGUUAGAGAAACAAUCAAGCACAACUAGCCUCAUACCAAAGUCGAUAUCGGAGCGUUUCAGCCGUUAAAAUUUUCCGCUUGUGUUUUGGACCGACAGUUUUGGAGACUUGAGCAAAAGAAAUCAAAUUGAUGAUCAUAUCUCCGAUGGUCUUUCAGUUCUCUGAAGUCUUGAGCAUCUGCCAUUCAACAUGAAAACCUAUUGGCUGACGUGCACAGCAGAUUGUCUCCCUCCCCAGAGUUGUAAGUUGUAACCUGAAAUGUGAAGCUGGCAUGUCCAGUCUAUACAGCUGUUAUGUGUAAACUUAUACAGUUGGAGUACUAGUCUAGUUAUGUGGCUCUGUGACGGUGUGCAAAUGUAGCAAGCCAGAGAUUUAUUUCUGACCACAUUUCUAUGGUGAUAUAUGAGGUGUUUGAAGUUCCAA